AUGUCCAAAAGAGUCCAGAAAACUCAGUAUCUGCUGCGACUGCUAGCCAAUCCCAAGCUCUAUAGCCUGCUGGGCAGCCCAUUCGAAGACCCUCUGAAGCUCGACUCGCUGCUGUCGACCGUCUGUUAUGGAUCUUUGUUUAUCUCUGAACUUAUCAAGAGAAGGCCAGAACUCGUGCAGAUUCUGAGUAACUUGGCGGAAAAAUUGAAGAUCCAAGGAUUCCUCUCGCUCAUAAAGGCAUACAUACAAAAGAUACAACGCGCGCUCGAUCCAAAACAGCGUUUCUCUAUUAAUGUUCCUCUAGACUCCUUAUCCACCAAGUUGAGACUCAUAUCGGACUAUAUUGCCGACGUGCGCAUCUUCAAUCGCAUGUGGGGCCUGCCCGGAUUGCUAGCGUUCGGCCUCGAAGACUUGCACAGGAUACUCAGAGCAGAUUCAAGUCUCGUCACAAAACUGCUGGAAGCCACAAGCACCAUAUCCAUCGUGGCGUACCAGCCGCUCGAAAAUAUCGCUUUUGCAGCCGACCACAACUGGACGCACCUUGAAAAGUCGGCCUCACUGGGGUACUAUGUGGCCUCGUCGCGACUAUGGGCCGUGUUUGUCGUGCUGGAGGUUUUGAAGCUGGUGAAGACCAUGGUUCAAACUAAACUUGCCGGCAAGCAGCUCGACCUUCUCCACAACCGCUCUCUGAACCGCUCGUUGGUCGCCAACAUCGCCAAUUUGCCGCUUACUGUGCAUUGGUCUUCGUACGAUGGGUGCCUUAGUGAUCUCACCGUGGGAUUCUUGGGCACCAUGUCCAGUUUGUUCGCCACAAUAGAUUCAUGGGGGGAAGUGUUUGCACAGGUGCGCCAACUUUGA